GGAGGGGAGGGCACACAUGGUGGUAGAAAGGGCUGUAGAGGGCGGUGACUGCAGAGGCAGACUGGUUCCCUUGGACAAGCCAGGGACUUGGGAGCAGUUGUGCACCCUGAGUCUCCAGGAUGAGGCCAGCGCUUGCCCUGUGCCUCCUCUGUCCUGCGUUCUGGCCCAGGCCAGGGAGUAGUGAGCACCCCACCGCAGAUCGCGCUGCCUGUUCAGCCUCGGGGGCUUGCUACAGCUUGCACCACGCUACCAUCAAGAGGCGGGCAGCCGAGGAGGCCUGCAGCCUGCGCGGCGGGACUCUCAGCACCGUGCACUCAGGCUUGGAGCUGCGAGCGGUGCUCGCUCUCCUGCGUGCGGGUCCCGGGCCUGGCGGAGGCUCCAAGGACCUUCUGUUCUGGGUGGCUCUGGAGCGUGGCCGUUCCCAGUGUACGCUAGAGAGAGAGCCACUGAGGGGUUUCUCCUGGCUGUCCCCGGACACAGAUGACUCGGAGGACGACACACUGCCAUGGGUGGAGGAACCACAACUUUCCUGCACCGUGCGAAAGUGUGCGGGGCUCCAGGUCACCGGGGGAGUGGAGCCUGCAGGCUGGAAGGAGAUGCGCUGUCACCUGCGCGCCAAUGGCUACUUAUGCAAGUAUCAGUUUGAGGCCCUGUGCCCCGCACCCCGUCCCGGAGCUGCCUCUAACUUGAGUUUCCGAGCGCCUUUCCGGCUGAGCAGCUCCGCGCUGGACUUCAGCCCUCCUGGGACCGAGGUGAGUGUGAUAUGUCCCGGGGACCUCUCUGUCUCCGCCACCUGCAUCCAGGAAGAGACAAGCGCGCGCUGGGACGGGCUUUUCCCUGGGGCCCUGCUCUGCCCUUGCUCUGGGAGGUACCUUCGUGCUGGCAAGUGUGUGGAGCUCCCUGACUGCCUAGACCACUUAGGAGGCUUCGCCUGCGAAUGUGCGGCAGGCUUUGAGCUGGGCAAAGACAGACGCUCUUGUGAGGCCAAACGGGAAGGACAGCCAACCUUUGCUGGGACCGAGCUGCCCACCAGGCACGUAUCAGCCACUCCAGCCAGCCCAGUGACAAACAGAACGUGGCCAGGCAAGCUAGGAGAGAAGCCCCAGAUCACUGGACAAGACAGUUUUGCCACGUCUAUUCCUGAGAUUCUUCAAUGGGGAACACAGAGUACCUUACCUACUGUUCAAAAAUCCCCACAAGUCAAGCCAAAAGUCACUGUCACACCAUCAGGAAGCGUGAUCCCCACAUUGAACUACACAUCUUCCCCCUCUGUUUCCCCGACUUUUGACUCCUCCACCGUGGUCUUCAUACUUGUGAGCAUAGCAGUAAUAGUGUUGGUGAUCUUGACCAUGACAGUGCUGGGACUUUUCAAACUCUGCUUCCACAAGAGCCCUACCUCCAGGACAAGGAAGGAAGCUUUGGACUCACGGGGUGUGGAAAGCAAUGCUGAGGCCACUGCCUUGAGCCCCAAUUCUACACAUUGUACUGACAAUGGGGUAAAGGUUGGGGACUGUGGUCUGCGGGGCCGAGCUGAGGGUGCCUCACUGGCUGGGUCCUCUCUUGGUUCAGGGGACACCUAGGGAAACAACCCAAUGGGCGCGUCUUGGGCAGACUUUCAAUUCCAAUAAACGGGGGGAAAAAGAGAUUUCUGCCAUGAUGGUUCCUACAGAAGUUCCCCUUCCCAUAAAUGCUCUUUACUCCACCGAGGAGCUAAAUCUGAAAAGCACAUUCAUUCCCUGAAAGUGGAAGAGGUGGUGGUGGGCCUUAGGCUGGUACUGGAAGACGGGGUGGAUAAUGGAAGGAGGCGUUUUCCUGUGUUCUGGGGAAUUGGGAGACGUUCUUGAAUAUUUCCAGCAUUGGAAGCAAAUAAAUAACAACGUAAUUUUUUAGAACAUUCAUUCCAUCAAAAUGAGAAAGAAAUGUCUAUAUUAUUCAGGCUAGGAAUACAUUGGCUUGAAAUUUUGAGGGAAAUAAUAAAACAUUGCUUAGAACCUAGACUAAAAUGUGUUUGACUUUUGCAGAGGGGGUUUAUUUAGGAAUAUAACAUGCUGAGGACAAGAACUGGCUGGAGAGGUAUGCUGGGAAGAGGCAGCAGUGCAUUCUGUGCUUUGGGGGAAAAGUCCUUAUACCCCAGCUCUUUCAGAACUAAUGAAGUUUCCCUUUAUUCUGUUAUCCUUUGCUUUCAAAGUCACUGGGGCAGUGUGCUCUGCUAUAAAUCCUAAGUGCAAUGUUGCCGGUUUCUGACUCUAGAAGCAAAUUACAGUUGACCACCAAUCCAAGUGUUUACUGUGUGUCCUUGCCCAAGGAAACAAAUGAUUUGUAUCUACCUGUUCCAAUGUUUGCGCUUGCAGUGUAAUGACCUUCUUCUCCAAACCACCUUGUAGACAUCAGGAUGCUGAUCCUCACUUCCAAUUACGACGAUGUUAAUUCUCAAUUAAAACGUUAAUGCUAAGUAUUGAUCUGAAAUCUUCUGGGUGCAUUAAAGCAAAAGAAGCUUGGCUUUUUCCAAAGUUGCUGGAUUCUUGUGCCCUAUUUGAUCUAUGGGGGAAAAAAACCUGAAUGUCAAGCCAUUUCUGUUUCUUCUCAAUAGAGUGUGUAUACAAUGACAGUGUGUGUGCAUCAGGGGACAGUUAGAACUGAACAAGAAUCUUCACAGACAAAGCUAUGGGAAAUAGCUUUCCACAGAAUUAAUGGUGUAAGAAAGAAAUGAUAAAUAAAAGUGUAGCAUCUUGUUAUGACUUGAGGUAUUAAUAAAUAAUAAAAAUCUCACAUUUUCGUGGUAAAUAAUUAAAGUAUAAUAACAAUAACAAUUUUGUGGAAUCCAAAGGCCUUGGAGAACAUUUCAGUUAAUAUGCUAAGAUUUUUUUUAAGUGUUGAAAAGGUUGGUGUGUGAAAAGAUAUAGUGAAAUAAGCUUACCCACAGGAGGAAAUUAAAUAAGGAUAAAACUUGGGCUAUAUUUUUCUAGAAUCACUUUUUAUACUCUUCAUUGUACUGUGCAUAUUAAGGAAAGUUAAUUUAAAGUUAGCAAAUAGACAAUUAUAAAGGAAUCCAGAAAAUUAAGAGAGCUCAAUAUAUGAAUCUAUGUUCUAAAUAUAAUUCUUUGUGUUUAAUAUUAAUCACUGAAGGAAUAAAUUGAUAGAUUGUCUCAUAUGUUGGAUUAUGUUUUAAAUAGUUACAGUUAAAUAAAAUAAAAAAUAAUGUGAAUCACCAACUGUUAACGCUCUUCAAUUCUAAGUGGGAGCUAACAAUUACAUGGGUAAAUGCCUCAUCCAAAAUUCUUCAACUUGUCAGCUAUGUAUUUCAGUUUUACUUGCUCUUAGCAUUAUAGUUGUCCUCUCCACUGUAUAAUCUCUCAGUAGUGGUGAAACCUAUUCUAGUAGAAUAUAUCCUGUUUGAUUUUAUAAUUUGAAAAAUAGCCUCAUCUGUAAGUGGACUAAACAUACACACUCACACACAUAUUUCUGCAUAUAUAGAGAUAUAUGCACUUAUAUAAUACAUGCAUAGCUAAGUGCAUGUGUAUGUGUGUAAAUGCAUAAACAUAAACAUUUUGUAUUAAAGAAAGAUGCCCUUAUGUUAUUCUUUCAACAAAACAGGGCAUGCAUAAUUAACUUAUCACACAACAUGCAAUAGAUGAUAGUGUGGAUCUAGGGCUCUAAAUGCCCUUUGUGAAGAAAAAAAUAAUGGCAACCCAAUUGCUUGGCCAUUGUCCCCUGUUAUUCUCCUUUAUGGAUCAAAGAAAAAUUAAAGAACAUUAUUUGUUUGCAUCUUAAAUUUCUUGACAGACUAGACAACAAAGACCUUCCUUUGGUCUGACUAUGGUGAUGGCCUCCCAGAAAUGUUAAUACAAUGGGAGAAUAAGGCCAGUCAAACACACGAUCUCUUGAGUCUAUUUGUAGCUAGCGGUAAUGUUCUUACUACGAUUUCUCUACUAUCUCUUACUUUCUCAACAUCUUUGAGGUUAAUUCCUUUGUCAGUUAAAACCUUCUGCUCUCACAUUCAUCUUUCGGUUUCCUACUCACCCAUUUUCUUACAAUUAAACAUAUUAUCUCUCCUGCAGUCUUUCUUUCUACUCUAAACCCAUCCAAAUCUUACAUAAUAAGAUCAAUUUUUGCAUAAAAUGUGACUUCCCAUGCACUUCAGUUCUUCUAUUCUUUAUACCCAGAGUGACUUCCUCUUCAUUUGAGUCAUCCAUUCCAUAGCCACACAAAAGAAGGUGAUUCUAAAGCUCUUCCUCAUCCUAGACCUCAAGGUCAGACUUUCAUGUGCAAGUCUUAGAAAUUGUGCUUUAAUGAAUUUUACUGGGAUUAGAGGCAAAUGGUUGUUGGUUGAACUUUAACAGUCUUUCUUUUUUUUAAUUAGUGAGCCUUGCAAAGAAUAGUAGCCUGAGAUGGAAACAUUUUUUUCUAUUUUUCUUUCUUUUUAAAAUAUUAUACAUACUGAGAUCGCAAAUUCACUAAAAACAGCUGUUUUGCAUGAUUGUUAAAGGGAUAACCAACAACUCACAGGUUCACAAUUGACUUAAGGCUUGCUCCACAGGAAGAAACUCAUAUGAUCAAGAAUCAUGGCUGGGGAGGUCAUAGGCCCUAGGCAUGAACCAAGUACCAUUAUUUUGCUAAACAGAUAUAGUAUCAAACCUCCUUCCAAAAACUUAUUGUUAUAACCAUAGAUCUAUG